CAUUCCUGUGUCUCUCAGGUUUGCUGAGGGCUCCGUUGAAAGCUAACCUUGCUCGUCUUGAAAAGCAUAUUAUUCAAAUGACAAAUUGGAUUCUCUGGCAAACUGUGAUGAUGGCCCAGCCAGCUGAUGAAGCUGUUGUUACCAUCCUGUAAGGCGAAUUCAGAGGCUCUCUCUGGAGCUCUCCAUGGACCACAGAAGAGGGAUAUGCUUUGGCUUGGGGGUGCUGCAAGCUGGGAUGACAGCAGCUCUGUCAGCAGUGGGAUCAGCGACACCAUAGACAAUCUCAGCACUGAUGAUAUCAACACCAGCUCCUCCAUCAGCUCCUAUGCCAACACUCCAGCCUCCUCGAGAAAAAACUUAGAUGUGCAGACUGACACUGAGAAGCAUUCACAAGUGGAGCGGAAUUCUCUUUGGUCUGGUGAUGACAUCAAGAAAUCAGACGGGGGAUCUGACAGCGGCAUAAAGAUGGAGCCUGGGUCCAAAUGGCGGCGGAACCCCUCCGAUGUGUCCGAUGAGUCUGACAAGAGCACCUCAGGGCGAAAGAACACAGUUAUUUCCCAGACAGGCUCAUGGCGACGGGGCAUGUCAGCCCAGGUUGGCAUCACCAUGCCGAGGACCAAGACUUCUGGCACAGCAGGCACACUGAAGACUCCAGGGACAGGAAAAACAGAUGAUGCAAAGGUAUCAGAGAAAGGAAGGCUCUCCCCUAAAACCACACAGGUGAAACGCUCUCCAUCAGAUGCAGGCCGCAGCAGUGGUGAUGAAUCCAAAAAGCCUCUUCCCAAUAGCGCCAGGACGGCUACUGCUAAUACCAACGCCUUUGGGUUUAAGAAACAGAGUGGCUCCACCAUUGGGCUGACCAUGAUUACAGCCAGCGGAGCCACCAUCACCAGUAGAUCAGCCACCCUGGGCAAGAUUCCAAAGUCUUCUGGGCUGGUGGGGAGGUCCGCCAGUCGAAAGACAAGCAUGGAUGGGGCCCAGAACCAGGACGAUGGCUACCUAGCCCUAAGCACAAGGACAAAUCUGCAGUACAGGAGUCUGCCUCGUCCCAGUAAGUCCAGUAGCCGCAAUGGGGCUGGUAAUAGAUCCAGCACCAGUAGCAUAGAUUCCAAUGUGAGCAGCAAAUCAGCAGGUCUGCCUGUGCCCAAACUGAGGGAGCCUUCCAAGGCAGCCUUGGGGAGCUCUCUGCCAGGACUCAUCAAUCAGACAGAUAAGGAAAAGGGAAUCUCCUCUGACAAUGAGAGCGUAGCUUCCUGUAACUCGGUUAAAGUGAACCCAGCAUCCCAGCCAGCAUCCAAUGUGGCCCCAGCCACCCAUCCUCCAGGAGCCAAGUACCCAGAUGUAGCAUCUCCCACGCUACGAAGACUCUUUGGUGGAAAGCCUGCUAAACAAGUGUCCAUCACCACAGCUGAAAGUAUGAAAAAUUCAGUGGUCAUCUCUAAUCCUCAUGCUACUAUGACCCAGCAAGGCAACUUAGAGUCGCCCUCUGGCAGUGGCAUUCUGAGCAGCGGGAGCAGCAGCCCACUGUACAGUAAGAAUGCUGACAUGAACCAGUCUCCGUUAGCCUCUAGCCCCAGCUCAGCCCACUCUGCUCCUUCCAAUAGUCUCACAUGGGGCACCAAUGCUAGCAGCUCUUCGGCAGUGAGCAAGGACGGCCUUGGAUACCAGUCCAUUAGCAGCCUUCACACCAGCUGUGAAUCCAUUGACAUCUCCCUCAGCAGCGGAGGGGGACUGAGUCACAAUUCUUCCACUGGCUUGAUCUCUUCCAAGGAUGACUCCCUCACUCCCUUUAUAAGAACCAACAGUGUUAAGACCACACUGUCAGAAAGUGACCCGCACCUUGAUAGGAACACUUUGCCUAAGAAAGGACUCAGGUACACCCCCACCUCCCAACUUCGCACUCAAGAAGAUGCAAAAGAAUGGUUGCGGUCUCAUUCAGCAGGCGGCCUGCAGGACACAGCGACCAAUUCCCCCUUUUCGUCAGGCUCCAGUGUGACAUCCCCUUCUGGGACCAGGUUUAAUUUCUCCCAGCUCGCGAGUCCUACCACGGCCACUCAGAUGAGCUUGUCCAACCCGACGAUGCUGAGGACCCACAGCCUCUCCAAUGCAGAUGGACCUUAUGAUCCCUAUACUGACACCCGCUUCCGGAAUAGCUCCAUGUCUUUGGAUGAGAAGAGUAGGACCAUGAGCCGCUCAGGCUCCUUCCGAGAUGGCUUUGAAGAAGUUCAUGGAUCUUCCCUCUCCUUGGUUUCCAGUACAUCAUCCAUUUAUUCCACACCAGAAGAAAAGUGCCAGUCAGAGAUUCGAAAGCUACGAAGGGAGUUGGAUGCAUCCCAGGAGAAGGUUUCAGCCUUGACUACUCAACUGACUGCUAACGCUCACCUUGUAGCAGCCUUUGAGCAAAGCCUUGGGAAUAUGACAAUCAGACUUCAGAGUUUGACCAUGACAGCCGAGCAGAAGGAUUCUGAACUGAAUGAGUUAAGAAAAACAAUUGAGCUUCUAAAGAAACAAAAUGCUGCUGCUCAGGCUGCCAUCAAUGGAGUAAUUAACACACCUGAGCUCAACUGCAAAGGCAAUGGUACUUCCCAGACUACUGACCUUCGCAUCCGAAGACAACACUCUUCAGAUAGUGUCUCCAGCAUCAACAGUGCUACCAGUCACUCUAGUGUGGGGAGCAACAUCGAGAGUGAUUCAAAGAAAAAGAAGAGGAAGAAUUGGUUACGCAGUUCCUUCAAGCAAGCUUUUGGGAAGAAGAAGUCCCCUAAGUCAGCUUCCUCCCAUUCAGAUAUAGAGGAGAUGACAGAUUCUUCUUUGCCUUCCUCACCAAAGUUGCCACACAAUGGCUCUGCGGGCUCAACGCCACUGCUGAGGAAUUCUCAUUCAAACUCUCUCAUUUCAGAAUGUACAGAUAGUGAAGCAGAGACGGUGAUGCAGUUACGUAAUGAGCUGAGAGACAAGGAGAUGAAGCUCACUGAUAUCCGCCUAGAAGCCCUCAGCUCAGCCCACCAGCUCGACCAGCUCCGAGAGGCCAUGAACAGAAUGCAGAGUGAAAUUGAGAAGUUAAAAGCAGAGAAUGACAGGCUCAAAUCUGAGAACCAUGGUGGCAGCUGCAGCCGGGCUCCAUCCCAGGUGUCCAUCUCGUCUUCCCCGAGGCAGUCCUUGGGUCUCUCUCAACACAGCCUUAACCUCACUGAGUCAACCAGUCUGGACAUGUUGCUGGAUGACGCUGGUGAAUGCUCGGCACGGAAGGAAGGAGGCAGGCAUGUUAAGAUAGUUGUCAGCUUGCAGGAUGAAAUGAAAUGGAAGGAGGAUUCCAGGCCACACCUCUUUCUUAUUGGCUGCAUUGGAGUCAGUGGCAAGACGAAGUGGGAUGUGCUGGAUGGGGUGGUUAGACGGCUCUUCAAAGAAUACAUUAUUCAUGUGGAUCCAGCAAGUCAGCUGGGCCUGAAUUCAGACAGUGUUCUAGGCUACAGCAUUGGGGAAAUCAAACGGACCAACACUCCAGAGACUCCUGAACUGCUACCCUGUGGUUAUUUGGUUGGAGAAAAUAACACCAUCUCAGUUUCUAUCAAAGGCCUCUCUGAAAAUAGCCUGGACUGUCUGGUCUUUGAAUCUCUUAUCCCAAAACCCAUCCUUCAGCGGUAUGUCACCCUCCUGACGGAGCACAGACGCAUCAUCCUCUCUGGGCCCAGUGGCACUGGAAAAACAUACCUGGCUAACCGUCUAUCUGAAUACAUGGUCCUCCGAGAGGGGCGGAAGCUAGUAGAUGGAGUCAUUUCCACUUUCAAUGUAGACCACAAAUCCAGCAAGGAACUACGCCAGUACCUGUCUAACCUUGCUGAUCAAUGCAACAGUGAAAACAGCCCUGUGGAUAUGCCUCUAGUCAUCAUUCUGGACAAUCUCCAUCAUGUCAGUUCCUUGGGUGAGAUCUUCAAUGGGCUUCUGAACUGCAAGUACCAUAAAUGUCCAUAUAUAAUUGGCACAAUGAACCAGGCUACCUCUUCCACUCCCAACCUCCAGCUUCACCACAAUUUCAGAUGGGUGCUGUGUGCCAACCACACUGAGCCGGUAAAGGGUUUUCUCAGCCGUUUCCUGAGGAGGAAGCUCAUUGAAACAGAAAUCAGUGGACGUGUGCGGAAUGCUGAGCUUGUGAAAAUCAUUGAUUGGAUCCCUAAGGUCUGGCAACAUCUCAACCGCUUCCUAGAGGCUCAUAGCUCUUCAGACGUCACUAUCGGCCCUAGGCUCUUCCUGUCCUGCCCCAUAGAUGUGGAUGGUUCGAGAGUUUGGUUUACAGACUUAUGGAACUACUCGAUUAUCCCCUAUCUCCUGGAAGCUGUCAGAGAAGGACUCCAGCUCUAUGGAAGAAGAACCCCAUGGGAAGAUCCCGCUAAAUGGGUGAUGGAUACUUAUCCAUGGGCAGCCACCCCCCAGCAACACGAGUGGCCUCCUCUGCUCCAACUGCGGCCUGAAGAUGUAGGUUUCGAUGGCUACUCUGUGCCCCGAGAAGGUUCAACCAGUAAACAGGUUCCCCCAAGUGAUGCAGAAGGAGAUCCACUGAUGAACAUGCUGAUGAGGCUGCAAGAAGCUGCCAACUACUCAAGCCCCCAGAGCUAUGACAGUGAUUCAAACAGCAACAGCCAUCAGGACGACAUCUUGGACUCGUCCCUGGAGUCCACCUUGUGAUCAGGGACCAAACCCAAAGUCCUUCUCCACUUCUCAUGCUUCUCCUCCCUCACUUCCCACUUCCACUGCAUACUCCAAGCCAUCUCCGAAGGCACCUUCUCAACCCAGCCUUCAGGCUCAGUGUUAGAGCUGAGAGAACAAAAAACCUCGUUUGUCAGCCUUGACCAUGGGUGCGGGCAUCCAAGUCAGACAACCUUGGGACUUUUUCCUUUCAAUGACAGGGACAACUGCACUAUGUUUUCUUUCUUUCUCUUUCCCUUCUCCCUCCCUCCCUCCCUCCU